AUAUGAAGGAUAUGCUAAUUGUGUAUUUUUCUUUACAAUGAUUGAUUCCUACAGCAGCAGCAAUGCAGAAAGUGAGCCAGGUAGUAGUGAUGGUUCUGAACUCAGUGAAGAGACCUCCUGGCCUGCAUUUGAAAGGAAGAGGUUGUACCAUUCUCUCGGUCCGGGAACAAGAGUGUCACGAAAUGGCUAUCGAGGCCACAUGAAGGCCAGCAGCUCCCUGGAAUCUGAAGAUUUGGCUGUUCAUUUGUAUCCAGGAGCAGUUACUAUUCAAGGUGUUCUAAGGAGGAAGACUUUGUUGAAAGAAGGCAAAAAACCUACAGUAGCAUCUUGGACAAAAUACUGGGUAGCACUGUGUGGAACCCAGCUCUUUUACUAUGCUGCAAAAUCUCUGAAGGCUACAGAGAGAAAACAUUUCAAAUCCACACCGAGUAAGAAUGUGUCAGUGGUGGGGUGGAUGGUGAUGAUGGCAGAUGACCCUGAGCAUCCAGAUCUCUUCUUAUUGACUGAUUCUGAGAAGGGAAAUUCAUACAAAUUUCAAGCUGGAAACAGAAUGAAUGCAAUGCUCUGGUUUAAACACCUGAGUGCUGCCUGCCAAAGCAACAGACAACAGGUUCCUGCCAACUUGAUGACCUUUGAAUAACAGGUUAAUUCAAAGCAAAAACAGGAACACUUUAAACCAUCUCAUAAUCGAGAACAAGGUCCUGAUGAAAAAUGUGCCAGCUGUAUUCUGUGCCAGAACAGAGCCUGUCAACUCGAUCUCUGAACUCUGGAGCCCUGAACAAAACCACUAAUGGUUGGGGAGUAGAGUCCCCCGAAUUAAAAAUGGAGUUACAACAAGAAUUGCCAUGGACCAUGCUUCAUUAUGUUCUCUGAACUGACCUGUGGAAACCACUGCCUUAAAGAGUGAAAGGAGAAACAACAUGAAACACCAAAUAGUGUGUGUGAAACUUCUGGCGGUGCUGUGCUUGAGUUAAAUAGAUUGUAGCUAGUUUGAGUUUCUUUUAACUUUAUACUAAUUUUGAAAAUAACUCACCUUUUUAGGCAUUCUUAAGAAAAUAAGUGAACUGGUAUUUAAGACUUGUAUCAAAAGCUAUGUAUGAACUGGGUAAAAGAGGUACUACAUGUUCUAGAUAUGUUGUUUAUACCAGGAGUUGUUGGUGGGAGCUUGUCCCAGGCACACUUAGCCUGGAGCAAUGUUAUUUCUCUCAGACCUACAAGUAGAAGAAAUGUUAACUACUGCAAGCUUAAAGUAGCAGUAAGCUUGCAAACAUCAGUACUGUAUGGGAGCCAUAUUCCCUACAAGUGGCACAAAGGCUGAGCACUUACACACCAAAAUUUUUUUGGUACGUUGUUACCUAAUUCCAUGUUAAAAAUGUUGUUCACGUGUUUUGGGUGGUCAAGGUGCGUGUGCGGAAGAGACAAACCUGAAAGCACUGCGGGGUCAGAGCUGAGUGUUUUCUUCCCAUUUGUUUGUGUACCUGUAACUCUCCUACAUGCAAAGGUUGAAUGACAAAAGAACCAAACACCUGGGUAUAGCUCACUGAGAUGUUUUACUUCUCUGGGUAUCUGUUAAUUAUCAGUUAGGGACCACUGUUAGCAUAUGGUGUUUCAUAGUAUCACUUAAGAUCUCCAUUUUAAAAAGAUAGAGGCACAAUUUCAAGCUUUCAUGUUCUCAUUUGGCAAUAACUGGUUUUUAGUAUCUGUCUUGGUCAAAAUAGUUGACGUUGUGUGGUGCUGAUAACAUGGCCUAAAGCAGACCUUACAUACAGAAACUCUUGUGAUCUCCAGACAAAUAAUUAAUAUAUUAGAAGGUAGGGUAACCUAGGGAGAGAAAAGGUGUGGGACUGAAAAUUCCACCCUUGACAGGAAUAAUUCUUGGUCACUGAAAUUACUUUCAGAAAAACAUUAUGGUUGUAAAAAGGGAGCUAUACUUUAUGUGUGUUUUAUGCUUAAGACUUUGAUUCUUCCUUUAUUUGGGUUUCCUUGACGUUGCCUAGAUAUAGUUUCCUGGAUGAUUAGUCUUUCUUUAAUCUUCAAAAAUAUGAUCUUUGUAAAGCAAGGAGACGUUGUCCAAAAUAUGACUCCGAUGUCAGAACUCUGAAGUCUGUGAAAAAAUAGUAACUGUUCCAUUGACAUUGUGGUUUAGUGGCCGUAAAUACACCUGCAGAUUCCACCAUGAAUACUCCUUUUUAAAAAGAAAUAAGCUACCUACCAGUGUGUGGCAGAGUUCUCUGACUAUCUAAUAAAGGUUUCUACUAGUAGUUAUUACUU